AUGGCUGGGUCCCAGCAACAGACUGGCGGGUUUGAUCCCCUCGACUUCAUGGACUUUUCCCAGUACGACAACAACGCGACCAGCAGCAACAACAACACCCUCAACUACCAGACGUCGACGCUGUCACCCUCAACCUCGAUCUCACUCAAGUCCGAGCCUUCCGAUGCGCCAUCGCUGUUCCCGGCGAACCAGGGUUUCAGCGCACCAAGCCAUCAGUACAACCUCUACAAGCAACAAACUGGCCUCGUCCCUGGUGCGCUUAGCACAACGCUGUCUAUGAACCAGCCCCAAGGCUACCACCACGAGUUCCUUGAAAUGCAGCAAAACGACAUCCUCUCUGGCUUGGCAGAGACGGACGAUCUGUUCGACUUCAGCGCCCCCAUCGGUAGUGAGAUGGAUACCUCGGCGCUGGAUCUGGACCUGAACUUCCAGACCUCGUCGCCCGACUCUGGGCUUUACUUGAACUCAACGAUCAACCCUAGCGCCAUCGGCGGCCAAGAGCCUGACGCCCUCACCUCUCCCCUACCAACCACACCCGCCGUAUCAACCACCCCAGGUCGCGUUUGGCCAGGCAUGCACCAGCAGCAGGCGGCGAUCGCCAGGGCGCAGCAACAGCAAAAGCAACAGCAGCUGCAGUUGCAACAACAACAGGUGCAAAGGCAACGGGCUCAGCAGGCCAAGCAGCCUCAGAAGUCAAGGUCGCCCCAAACCAGCAGCUCCAUUGCCGACCAGAACGUGCAACAUAUCCUCAACUCGAUGCGGGCGGAGCCAGUACAAUACACUCCCGUCAAGAGUCUACCGCAGCAGACUUUUGCCAAGAAGCAAAAGUCCGAGGAGGAGAUGGACGAGGACGAAAAGUUCCUGGCCAGCGAGGAGGGCAAGAAGCUCAGCAGCCAAGAGCGCCGGCAGCUUCGGAACAAGGUUUCCGCACGUGCAUUCCGUGGGCGGAGAAAGGAAUACAUUGGAUGGCUCGAGGGUCAACUCACAGACCGCACCAACGAUGCCGGUCUCCUGCGGGCUCAGAACCACGCGCUCAUUGAGGAGAAUGCUCGUCUCACCAGCCUCACCAAGAUGCUCCUGACCUCGGACCAGUUCCGCGAGAUGCUCGCCGACCUCAGCUCCAACCCCCAGAAGCUUGCCAGCCUCCACUCCGACGGUGAGCCCCAAGCCGCUCAACAGGCGCAGUUGCAAGCCCGCCAGGAGGCUGAGUUGCAGGCUCGCCUGCGGGCCGAUAAGGACGCCAACCCGCAUCUUGCGGACCAGCAACAUCUGCAGUACCAGGAGCACUUCCGCCUGCACAUGAUGUCGGGCCAUGCUUAA